AUGGCAGGAAAUGAUUGUUUGUCACGGUUCAAUAUUUUUCACCGCAAUAAACAGCCAAAGCAAAAAUUUCCCAAUGGAGAGAAAGCCAAUCAUCAUGACCCUGUUCUGCUACCUGAUAACGCUGUUAGAAAACCCCCCACAAAGACAGAAUUGACUCAAGCCCCUCAAACCGAACCACAGACUCAAAAUGCCCAAUGCAUGCCUAUAGCAGGUCAUGAGCAAACAAUGACACCCUCCACCAGUGAUACUACCCAUGAGGAUUCAGCUUCAAAAAAACUGACCGCCCUGAUUGAGCCUAAACUACUCUGGGACAGAGCGUACGACAGCCUCAGAGAGGACCAGCAUGGCCAGCUUCAGACUGAUGUGCGGGACUAUCUGCAUACAAACUCAUCUGGCACAUAUCUAUGGGUGGCUCUGGCUUGCAAACAGCUGGAGAAAACCAUGAACAGGAAAACACUCAAAGUGCUCGAGUCAUUUCCACCUGGACUGCAACCUUUCUACCGACAAAUGAUUGAACAAAUCCACGUGCAUGAUCAAAACGCAUUGAAAGAGCUAGUUGGCCUAUGUGGCUCUUUCUUGAUCAUCCGUAAUGGAGUCAUAUAUUUUGUUCACCAAUCAGCAAAGGACUACAUUGUGGAGUAUGCAAGAGCUGAGAUAUUUCCUCAUGAGCGCACAGAAACACAUGACAUGAUAGUAUCACAGUCUCUCAAAUCCAUGUCAUGGAUUCUAAAACAGGAUAUUUAUUCUUUGCAGCACCCUGGAUUUUGCAUUAAAGAUGUCCAACCACAAUCGGGUGACCCGCUUGCACCAAUUCGAUAUGCAUGUGUAUAUUGGGUUGACCAUCUUCAUGAAUUGGGAAGUCAUAGUGGGAUGUUCCUCCAUAACAAUGGAAUGGUUGAUGCUUUUCUCAGAGAACAUCUUCUCCACUGGCUGGAAGCCCUCAGUCUAAUAAAGAGCAUGUCAAGCAGUGUGUCUGCAAUAGCUAAGCUUGUCAGUCUGGUCACAAGUCUGUCGCAAGGGUCUAAACUUUUUGAGCUAAUCCAUGAUGUCCAUCGGUUUAUUUUGUUUAACAGAGGUGUCAUUGAAAUUGCACCAUUGCAAGUGUAUCAUUCUGCACUUAUUUUUAGCCCAAGCCGCAGCUUGACACGGGGUCUUUUUCAGCAUGAGGAGCCAGAGUGGGCCAGCGCAAAGUCAUCUAUAGAUUCCACAUGGGGCGCCUGCCUCCAGACCCUGGAAGGCCAUAGUCAUUCAGUCAACUCAGUGGUCUUUUCCGCGGAUGGGACUCGCAUUGCCUCCGGGUCUGGGGAUCAGACAGUCAGGAUCUGGGAUGCCGGCAAUGGAGCCUGCCCCCAGACCCUGGAAGGCCAUAGUGGUCCGGUCAGCUCGUCCGGGUCUAUCUGGGAUGUCGGCAAUGGAGCACCUCAGCAUCACAAUUUUGGUUUGAACACUGACAGAACAUGGAUCACCCACAAUGGUCAUAACGCGAUCUGGCUGCCAUCAGAGUACCGCCCGCCGAUUUACGGCCCAACAUUAGCUAUUACAUCAAGCAUGAUGGUCAUUGGAUGUCAAUCAGGUCGGGUUCUAAUAUUUGAUUUCUCUAACAAGGCGUCUUGA